CUACGAAAAAGAGUGAGCGUGAAACAUUGCGCUAUUUGCCAUACGAGAGCCGUGCCUACUACUAGUAGACAUUGAACUUUAGUACAACAAGGUGGUUAAUAUUUGGAGCGGCUAACAAAAUGUUUUGUGUAUUUGCAAGAAGAAAUUGAAAUUAGUAAAACUGAAAAGCACAGUCACAGUCAUAGUCCCAAUCGCAGUCACAGCCACAGCUUGGGCGCAUAUACUAUACAACGGGCAGCGGUAGUAGCUACUACUACCACAUACACACUCGCACUAGCCAAGCCAAGGCAUUAGCAUUCAAUUAAAACAAAGAAGUUAGUGGUCGCAGCUGCAGCUACACAAAAAGUCUGAAUGUGUGUAAAGUUUUAAAUUGUGAAAAGUUCGGGACGGCGGAAGGCAGACGUAGAAGAAGCAGCAGUAGUGGCAGCAACAGUUCAGCACCAACAACAACUAUUCCAAUGAGGGCGACAAUAAAGUACUCACCGCCUAGCUCGAAUUCGAAUCAAAAUGUUCCUCAUGCAGAAUGCACAACAACAAAAACAAAGACAAAGAUAAAAGCAACAGAAACUACAUUGGGAUGCGUGGAUGUGGUAGACAGUGAUCAGGAGGACGACAACAACUGCAACAACGGCAGCAGCAGCAACAGUAAAAACUGUAGCUGCAACGAUCCCAUUGCAAUCGACAUGGGCCGGAGACAGCGGUGUAGGCACAAUUAUAGCCACGGUGACAGUGAAACGCAAGUUGUCACAAGGGGCGACAGCAUGAGUGCGAAUCUGAGAAGCAAUUGCUGUCAACGUGAACAUAAAAAUUAUCGCAAACAUGUGAUGUCCCAACUGCCAAGCCGCAAGAGGGACGACGACAACGAUGACGACGAUAACCACAUGAUGAGGCCAGCGUCUGUCACAGAAGUACGAGAACGUCGCCAGUCGCAAUAUGCACGCGACUUUACGGUAAAUUUAGCGACGCAAGUCAAGACAUCCAGAAGAUUGAAGAGAAUAGGUGACGAUUUUGCAACAGCACCACAAACACAAUUAGCAAAUGAGUCAGAACUCGGAUUAACGUUGGAAUCAGCAUUUGACCGGGGCAUAAUGAGCGCCACACUAAAUGCAGUUGAAAGCUCAGACUCUGUGCUUAGCGAUUCGGAUGAUAUUAAAUCUGGCUCACAGGAAAGACUAUCACCCACGGCGAUAUCGUCAACAUUACCCAAAUCACACACGAAGUCUAGCACAGUAAAGACACCAACAAAACCCAUUUGCCUAGCGGGUAAUUUUAGUUUAAGUAACAAAAGACAAUUAGUUAUGCCAAUUGAGGAAGAGAAUAGAUUAGGAAAUGUAUUUGCUGGUGCGCAGCUACGCAAUGAGCUGCCGUUGGAACGACGCCCAAGCACUGAUUGGUAUAAUUUCUCAGCGCUUCAAGCGCAAACACAAUGGCGUCAUAGAAUAUUUUCACGACCCACUUCGAACUCGCUGACAGUGGGCAUUGAGCGGGCUUUUGCUUUUCUCGCCUCUGUAAUCGAUGCAAGAAGAAAUCAAUUGAGGCACGGGAUCGCCUACAAACAAGUUGUGCUUCGCAGUCUUGCAGCCUCAGCAUCAGGAAAUUCGCAAACAACGACAACAACAUUUGACUGCAGGUGCUUUAAGGAAAAUAGUGAUAUUUGUAUGGUUGCUGAUCAAACGGAUGCGGAUGCGGAGGUGGAUGUUGAUGCUGUUCAGGCAGAAACAGUAGAUAAAAGAGAAAUGUGCGUAUUAGCAGGACAUAGUGAUAGACGAGUGGCAAGCCCAGAACAUCGGCAUCCAGCACAACGAUUCAAUUUCUUUUCCUCGUCUUCACUGCUGAUGCGAACAAAUAUUUGCUCUUUGGCAUUAACGGGUGUGCCGCCUUGGCCGACUAAUCUUAUGCUUUUAUCACUAUUUAUGCUGAGUUUAACUGCGCCGGCCAGUUGCUGGACAGGACGAUCAGAUGUUCCAACAAAUUGCACUUUUCCCGCACGUUGGGAAGGUUCAUGGUUCCUAUCUUGCUAUCAACAGUCUAUUCAUAUAAAGGGUUCACAAUUCAGUUAUCGUGGUAAAUGUGCGGCUUCGGAUGGUAACAAAUAUUUGAUUGUUGACGAGAAAGGAUGUCAUCGGUGCCUGGUUAUCUAUGAAAAACAUAAAAAUGUUCUUCAAUAUAAAGAAAGUGAGUGCGAAGGUGAUAGUAUGUAUAUGCAUCAAACGAAUCCAUCUGCCAUGGCGAUGCGUAGCGUUUUAAAACAAAGCGAACAUAGGGGGGGAGCUCAUCCCAAUUUGAACAACAACAACGGGCAUUCAAGACUAUCCUCAUCGGAUCAGUAUAUAAUGAGAUCCUAUGAUGAUAUGAAUGAUUGUCCCCCAGACUUUUGCAAGGGCCGUGAAACGUUACAGAAUCUCUGCGAUCAAAUACCCGGUGACGCUUUGCUGUAUUCGCUGUUUCGCGAGAGUGCCGAACCGGUCAAGUGUCCGUUGAAGGGACCCUUUGUAUUCACUUAUAAUCGUGGACACGGUGAAUGUAAGAGUCCUGUUUCGAAUAUCGAAAGUUGCACUGAAGAUAGUCGGCUGUUGCUCAGCUUCCAAGCUUGUCCUGAUGUGCAAGGCACAGAGAGUACAGUUGAAGAACUAACAUGCUUGGCCACCUGGAAGGAUGGAAACUCCCGUUAUCUUGUCGGCUUGGUUUCACAUCAUCAUGCAAUUUCCAAUGAAGAACGUUAUCGCUGCUUCGUCUAUGAGAAAAUUUCAUCACUAUUGGGUGGACUUAGCACUGUGAGUGCAAAAGAUGCCGAAUACAAAUUAGCACAAUCUGGUGAUGCUACCUGCAAUGGACUGGAUAGUGCAGAGGUUGGUUCACGCAUAAUGUCGCUGAGAAAACCACCGAUCACGGAACGUUGUGACUUCCCGGCUUGGUUCAAGGGACCGCGACACUGGCAUGUUCUCAUGGGUAACGCUGUCUACAACUAUCACCCCAAUGAUGGCUCUGUACAUAUUAUUAAGCCAAAUGGUUUCAUGGAGACACGAGCACUCUGCGAGCAGAUUAAUAAGCAAACCGCUACUGAAAUGAUGGCUGUGGUGCACUAUACAACCGGAUGUCAAUCGGGCUUUAUGUGCAUGAUGUUUUAUCGCCGCGAUACACAUGUCAUUGAAAUUCAGACAGGCAAACAGGCAUCACGGCUUGAGGAUGCUUGUGCGCCGGAUCAUUUCGAUGUGAAUCGUAUGCCAUAUAUUACGUUGCUAGCUAGCAAUCCGGAUCCACAAAUUUGUCCGAUGGAGGGUUUGUUCAAUUUGCGUGGCGCUAUUGGGCCGCCUUACUUGACUACGCGUCACAAACGUAAUCACAACAAUAAAAUUCAUUUAACUCACGGUCAUCAUCAUAGCCAAAGCGAUUUAGUUGUUGCAGCGGGUACGGCAAGUGGAGUUGAUGGCGGCGGUUAUGCGAAUAAAAGACAAGCCACACUUACUUUCCGCGAUGCUGAUAAAGUGGACAAAGGUGCGUGGCAUGCCAAUGCGCGUGCUCUCCAACCGGGACGAAAUAGACGCGCCACUGCCACAGCAAUCAACAAUAAUUCUGGCAGUAUCGUUAACACUACGACCACUUUGGAGCAUAUGAAUAUACUGGAGAGCGAAUUGCAACGACCAAAUGGUUCAGUGGCUGUAGACGAAGCAUCAUCACGAAAAGCAGUGGAUUUCGAACAUUCAACAAAGGCAAUUGAUUUGGAUCGGCAACGUAAUCGUCGCGAUGCACCUGGCUGCAUAACAAAUUACAAAGCGCAACGACGCCUCUGGGUGGGUUGCACCGAACCGGAUAUUAUUGAUGUGCGACCAAUGUGCAAUGAAGAUGGUGACGAAGAGUACUCUUGUCACGGAUCGUGGUCUGAGAAUAGCACUGUGUAUAUUAUCGCGCGACAUAAAGGCACCAAACAUGGUGUAUGUCUGAGUUAUCGCCCAACUGAAGGCACAGCGGCCAAACUGGUUAUCGGCGAUGCUUGUUAUCGCGGCACACAAAAACCACCCGAUCAUCAUUUGGUGGCCAAUCUAACUGUUUUCGGAAAAUGUGGAGAAACUGGUUCUGCCGCGAUACAAAUACGACUCAGCGCUGAGCUAAUCAAACUGGCUGCAGUGGUGUACGUGUUGUUGUUGGCGGUGAAUGUAAUGAACAAUGUGAAAGAUCGAAGAUGAUAAAUUUGCAACGGUAAUUGAAGAAGAUCAACGAAGGACAAUGAAAUACCCGUAGAAAAUACUAAAGGUGGUGCUCUUCCGUUUAAGCUGCAAAAAGCACAUAAAGUUUAAUUGACAAAUAUUAAAUGAAAAUUCUAGAUAUACACACACCCAAACAAGUAGUUAAAUACAAUAUGUCAGUAUGGAAUCAGGUGCAUAUACAUAUGGCUUCAUUCAUGUAUGUGUGAAUGUACGUCGGUGUAAGUUUAUCAAAUAUUAAUGGCUUGCUGUUCUAUCUACAUACAUUCAUACAUACAUGUUUGUAUAUCGAUAGCUGUGUAUGCAUGUAAGACAGUGAAUAUUUUAAAAGCAGAACUCGAAUUAUCGCACGUAAGACUCACUUGUCUGCAAUUGAAAACACGUGAUAAGAGCGACGGCCUACAAAUAUCGAUCGGGUACUAAAUGUUGGACUAAUGUAUACCUUUUGAAUAAGACUUAGCAUUCGUAGUAACGCCCACACUUAUUAUGAACGAACGAACGAAACGCGCAUGCGUACGCAUAUGUUAUCGCACACACAUACAUAGAAGCAUAAAGGAGCAGAGAGAAAAUAUGUUGUAAAUAUUAUACAUACAUAUGACAUUGGUUUGUAUGGAUAUGAAUGUCGUUUAUAAAAUAUAUGAAGAAAACGAGUUAUAAAUAUAAAAAAUCGACUUUGUAAAUAAUAAAAUGAGCAUAUUUUCAAUUAGUUAUCCUAAGAAAUCGUAAUUUUAAGACACAACUGAACUAAGCGUAGAUAAAUACAUAAAUGGUUUGCAAUAGAGCCUUAGUUACGGAUAAGUGUUCCCAAAAGUGAAAGGUGGUUAGCGGGGGACGGUAAAUAGCCGUUACUUAUAUAUAAUUAGAACAAGUAGACGUGCAAAAA